AUGGUCUCCUGGAUCAUCUCCCGCCUCGUGGUGCUGAUUUUCGGCACCCUCUACCCCGCGUACUCCUCCUACAAGGCCGUGAAGACGAAAAACGUGAAGGAAUAUGUGAAGUGGAUGAUGUACUGGAUUGUGUUUGCCUUUUUCACCACUGCAGAAACGCUCACAGACAUUGUUCUUUCUUGGUUUCCCUUUUAUUUCGAGCUGAAAAUCGCAUUUGUGAUUUGGCUGCUCUCCCCUUACACCAAGGGCUCCAGUGUCCUCUACAGGAAGUUUGUGCACCCAACGCUCUCCAAUAAGGAGAAGGAAAUUGAUGAAUACAUUACUCAGGCUCGUGACAAGAGCUAUGAAACCAUGAUGCGAGUUGGCAAGAGAGGGUUAAACCUUGCUGCCAAUGCAGCAGUUACUGCAGCUGCAAAGGGCCAGGGAGUUUUGUCCGAGAAGCUGCGAAGUUUCAGCAUGCAGGAUCUCACUCUGAUCCGGGAUGAAGAUACUGUGCAUAUGCGAAGCCAUGAGCCACAGCUGCACCCCUCUGGUGGGAGUCUUCUUGAAACCAUUGAGGAUUCAGGAGAGGAGAGCAGUGUGGCACAGAGGUCUAAUGGAACCCCGUUGGAGACUAGAACAGACCCAUCAGAUGAAGAUGCAGCAGACAAACUUCCUAAACGUACCCAGAGUCUCAAAACUCCUAAGAAGGUGACGAAAGCUGAGCUUCCAGUAAGAAGUGUGAAAGCUCGCCCUAAGAAGAAAGCUGCAGGCUCUCUUGCUUCUGGCGAGUCAUCUUAAGGAGACCUCCCCCUCCCCGGCACCUGUCUCUGUCCUGGGAUUUGCCUGUCGCUUUUGAGGGGAAACUCCCCGAAGGAAGGGAGCUGAGAUUCAUGUACAUAACAGAUACUGCUUUGUAGAGCUCAUUCCAAGGCAA